AUUGAAGUGGGAGCGUCAACCUAUGCGUUACCGGGAUGUCUUCACUGUCGUUUGUACCUCACACUGUUUCUUCAGUUUCUGGACACAAAAGGAAGCAUGAAAAAACCCGUAAAAAAUCCUCAAAAAGGAUCAAGCGUAGUGAAGGGAUGAAGAGCAAGUGUAUACUGGGAAUGGAGCCGUUUACAAUGAUCAGAAUGAAGACACCAGAAGUCGAUCAUGCCCAUACCUGGAUACUAUUAGGAGGAACAUGCUGGAUUUUGACUUUGAGAAGCUGUGUUCCGUUUCUUUAUCUCACCUGAAUGUCUACGCCUGUCUAAUCUGUGGAAAGUACUUUCAGGGUCGUGGAAAUUCUACUCAUGCAUAUACCCACAGUGUUAGUGAAAGCCACCACGUCUUCCUGAAUUUGGAAACUCGACGGUUUUAUUGCUUGCCCGAUGAUUAUGAAAUUUUAGAUGGGUCAUUGGAAGACAUUACCUACCUACUAAACCCUACUUUCAGUACUCCCGAAAUACUUGCUUUGGAUAGUUAUUCGAAAAUGGUCAGAGCAUACAAUGGUCUUACAUAUUAUCCUGGUGUUGUGGGUCUCAAUAAUAUCAAGGCUAAUGAUUAUUGCAACGUCAUAUUACAAAUGCUCAGUCAUAUCAGUCCAUUGCGAAAUUAUUUCUUAGAUAUCAAAAAAUUUGAGAACCUACCUUCUGUCUCUGGAGAUCAAAUGAUGCUUUUGGUCCAAAGAUUUAGUGAACUUAUUCGAAAAUUGUGGAAUCCUCGAAACUUCAAAACCCACGUUUCACCUCAUGAAUUCUUACAGGCAGUUGUGCUGUGCAGUAAAAAGCGUUUCCAAAUCACUGAACAAGGCGAUGCCAUUGAAUUCCUUUCAUGGUUGGUUAAUGCAAUAGAUAAAGCUUUAAGGAUUAAAAAAAUUCCCUGUCCCAGAGGCGCAGUUAAUAAAACCUAUAAAAGCAUUGUUUCAUCAACUUUACGAGGAAAGAUGAGAAUGUACAGUCGGAAAAUCAUGCCUGUAAAUAUGACGGAUGAAGAAAAGGCUUCUCUGGCAGACAGCCCUGAAUACAUGGUAUUGUAUUUGUUUAAAUAUGGUAUAACUGUUUUUCAUAAUGACUGAUCUGUGUGAAAGGUUUCAGGCAUAAUUACUAAUUCUGGCUGACGUCCAAUAGGGUGGUUAGCGAUUACAGAUAUCAUAUCGAUGAAGUGUCUGCAUGAUGAUUGUGAGCAGUAGUGACGAAAGAGAUAAAUAAUAGUUUACGAUCGUUUGUUAUAUUGCUUGUACGAAAGGCUUUCACUGUUUAUCAAUAGGGAAAUUACUAUGAAAAAAAAGAAAGCUAUACAUCUCGGCGAAAAAUUAUGAAGGAAAAUUACUCUUGCUAUGAUGUCAUAAUUCUCUGCACAAAUAUGUGUUUAGAAUAAAAAUAUUUGAAGAGUAUUGCUCCUGUGUGUAAAAUCGAUGCUUGUCUGAAAAGCCGACGAAUCUUAUGAUGCAACAUAAUUACCUAACCACCUCUUUUCUAAUAUCGUUUAAUUAAGUUAAACACUGAGAAUAAGCGGUGGGAUAUAGAGGUUUAACUACUUUGGAAAAUCUAGUUGCUUAUCCCUUUGAGGUAUGGUGCCAAAAACGUGUUCAUUAGUUUUCAUGAAUUGUAAUAAUUUCAGGGUUAGUUGACUCAAUCUGUGCUACAUCUUUUGGCCGCCCAUUGCACGUUUUAAAGCAAAUAGAAUAAUCUUUUCUUUGAAGUAUCCUGAACUUUCUCUAAGAACUUGAUUAUUUAAUUACACAUAUGUAUUUUAAGCGUAUCUCACCAACUCAUAACUGUUACAUAGCCAUUUAACAGGUCUAUCCGACAAAGUGGGCGCCCCCCUUCAUCUUCGCCUGCACGAACAUCAAUUAGCGAUCAAACGCCAUGACAUAUCCCCACUUAUAUCAAUGUAUGUGGACAUACAUUCGACUGGGAAAAUGUUGAGAUCUUUGAUAGAGGGAAUUCUGAAAACACCAGAGAACUUUUAGAAGCUUAGCACUCAGGUCAAUCAGCAAACAUUGAAAUCAACCCAAUUUAUCAACCAAUCAGGAAAAUUACGAACAAAUAUAGGGCCAAGAAUCAAAUAAAUGGGAGGUACAACAAAAACCAAUCAACAUUGAGGCGUACAGAACAAGCUGUGGGUCAUAUGUGGAGAAAUUCGAACAGUUCUCUCCCACUUGACUUUGGUGCUGAUGAUGUCGUGUAGAAGAACAACGAAGGCUUCGCGACCAAACCAUUCAUCUCAGAAAACAAAACUUCAACAAAAACGUUAUGUAUUUGUCCAGAGACUUGAGUUGCAAUAGUUCAAAAGUUUCCUAACGAUUAGAAGGUUGCAGAUAUUUAGCGAUCAGAAAUAGAAGCCUUCCUUUCAGAAAUACAGCUUGGUACACUUUUUAAGAGCUAGUGAUCAACGUGACCAUGACCUAUCUUGUGCAUAACGGACAACAAAAGAUCCCUCAUUUGAAUAUUUAGCAUACCAACUUUUCCACGAUUUUCUGAAGACUGGGACCAAAGUGCUGUCUAACAAACAUAUGUGCUGUCAACAAAAUUUACAUAAAAUGCCAGAUACCAGUAGUAACUGAGACAAGUCGGUUGUACCAUGUGUCUUUUUAUAUGUAAGCUACUGGUAGUUUCCCCUUACUAUGAGAAAUUUCCAUUUUUCAAAUCACAAUAUCUUAGUAUUAUCCAAUUCUCGAUAAUCCUGUCAGUAUUUCUUCUUUUCCAGACUUCAAUAUCAGACAUAAAUUUCUUCUAUCUUACGUGUGACUUACCCCCACCUCCACUAUAUCUAGAUGAAUUUAAGGAAAACAUCAUUCCACAAGUUUCAUUAGCUACACUACUUUCGAAAUUUAACGGAGUUACAGAAAAGGAAUACAAGACUCAUCGUGAUUCUACGUUGCGUCGAUUUGAGCUUCGUCGACUACCUCCUUACUUAAUUCUUUACAUGAAGAGGUUUGUUAAAAACAUCUUUACAUUGGAGAAGAAUCCAACGAUAGUUAACUUCCCCAUUAGAAGUAUUGAUUUCGGUGAAUUGUUGGCCCCAGAAUUUCGAGCUAAACAUCGGCAUACUACUUACGACUUGAUAGCCAAUAUUGUGCAUGAUGGUCCCCCAACUCCUGGCUCCGGUACGCAUCGUAUCCACUUAGUACAUCGUGGUACUGGAAAAUGGUUCGAGCUACAAGACUUGCAUGUUAGCGAAGUCUUGCCACAGAUGAUACCGCUUAGUGAAACUCUUAUUCAGGUUUGGGCUGUGAAUAAGUCUAUACCUAAUCCAAGCUUUGUAGAGCCUGUAAAAGUAAUAGAUGAGGAGAUUGGUGAAGAAACUAAGCCAGAGGUUAAAACUGAUGAAAACGAGGAGUGUGGAGAAAUUAAGAAGGAAGAUACUAUAGAUACAGUCAAUAAUAAACCACAAAACUGAUUCCUGUCACUUUUUAACGACUUUACCAAUAAUAUAAAUUACUGAUAAAUAUUAA